AUGCUUGCGACUAUGACGCCUCACUCGCAUAGUUUGACCUCUAUGACUAUUUCGCCUUCUGGCUCGCUCACUUCUAAUACGGCGGGAUCUGCUCUUCCUCUCUUACCGAGAAGAUCCUCCGCUUCGCGCGUAUACGUUAGGCCCAAUGCCAGCGGUAUCAUCUCGCCGCCCAAGGUUACUCCUAGUUCAGUAAAGAUCAUGGUUCAACAGGCUACCCCUCCCGAAGACGAUAGAGCUGCUGCUUACACAUCAGGAAAUGUUUCGGAUUCUGCGAGCAGUUCCUCAUCAUCAUCAUCAAGUUCCUCUAAUGAGCGUCUUUCUCCCGUCCGAGUCAGAAGCAACAGAGGCCCUCGGAAAGUCCUACAGAUAGACCCGACUUCACCUACGCUCGCUGUUCCUAGGGCAAAGAAGGGGCGUGCGCCGAGUCAACCGGAGAAACCAAGGGAACAAACCGAAAGGAAAUCAUCGACUUCGGACUUCGGAAUUGGAGCACCUCCUCUUACACUUUCUCUAGAGGGCCUCCCGAAGACGCUUGUCGAAUUUCCUUCUGUCGAACAAAGCACUUACAAAUCCGCACCCGUGGCACCCGUGAUUGUCGUCCGAAAGAAAUCCGGGCAGCUUGUCAAACCAUCGCUCAAAACAUCCAAGUCGGCAUUCAAAAGUUCAUUGAAUGUCACCCCUGGUGGCUUCACCAAAAGUGAACCGGCUACACCGACUGUGCCGAAAGCUGUCAAAUUCGACUCGCGUCUGGAGCAUGUUAAACUCUUCCUUGCUGAACAACGCCCAUUGGCAGUUUCCAGGGAUGGUAGCCCCACGGAUGAUACCAGUGGAACAGAAAGCGAUUUCCCUUCUUUCAUUUUUGGAGACAGAAAGAACAAAGUUUUGAAAAUGGUCGUCACCAACAUGCCUCCUUCUCUCAAUGAAAACGCUGAUCUGGUCUUGGAGGAAAUGAAACUCGGGUUGGACGAAGCGAGCAUCGUCGGACGUGUUAGAGUGCGGAACCUCUCGUUCCAAAAAUGGAUCGCUGUGCGCUUCACCUUCGACGACUGGCAAACCACGAGCGAGGUCACUGCCAAGCACAUCGAGUCCCCCAACUCGGAGUUCGACGUGUUUGGAUUCUUGAUCAGGCUCAGCGACCUGAUCGCGCGUAUCGAGGAAAAGACGUUAGUCCUUGCAAUUCGUUAUAACGUCAAUGGGAGAGAAAUUUGGGACAACAAUUUUGGCCGGAACUACAUAGCCAAAUUCUCAAAAGAAUUGCCGAAUAAACCAGUCGAUUCAGCUAUGGUUACCACGACAGCCUCUGACAAAGACACCAUUUCGUCCGGCAGUGACAUUUCUGAUUUGCACAGUCGUUUGGAAAAGGUGGUGAAGAAAAUGGAUGCUGACAACGCCGCGAUAUCCACACCUUUGUAUACACGGCCAACAUCCAUUCCAUCUGAUUUCAAAACAGAUACAUCUCUAGCUUCACGCUACGACUUUGGCGUUUCUUUAAAAAAUUCUAGGAAAUCCACAUCGGACGUUUCUCCCCGAGAACAUACGCGAAUGCAUUCUUAUCCUAUCAUCGCUAACCAUUCUUUGGAUACAGUUUCGUGGCCCAGAAAGCACCGUUCUUUACCGAAAGAGAAACCAGUUCUGGGCUCCCCACGAGACUUGGGGGACAGUUUCCGACCAGCACCUUUUGUUCCGUCCGACUCUGAAGAAGGUCCGGAGCAUACGAGCAGGCAUCACCAACGCGGGUAUUUUGACAUGAGUCCAUUGAGCUCCUCGUCAAGUGUAAAAAUGACACCUCCUGGUACUCCUCGCUCGUGGUCCCUAAAUGAUUCGACCCCGCUAGCCAGUCCGCGAUUCAACUCUCUACCCUCGAUGAGGCCGGUAUCGCCCUUCCACUCACCUCAUUUUGGUUUCGCUCUCUCCCCCAAAAGUGCUGCUCUAGUUGAAGCGAUGGAUGGCGUGUCCUCGUUGAUUUCGCCUCCCCUUUCCAAUUCGACGACGCCUACCGAUUCUCCCCCUUUUGUGACGAGCCCUCUGGAAUCAGCGCCUGGAACCAAUUAUAAUCAAUUUCUGGACAGGUUUUGCUUCUUUACUGGCUCUGACAGUGGUGGUACCAGCUCGGACGAAUCUGCAACGGAGACGAUAUCUCGCUCUUCAUCUACCUCGAGCAUGGAUGACUUUUUAUCUUCACCCCGCUUGUUUGACCCAGCGUUCCGUAUUUUUGCUCCCCAGCCUGUCACUCAGACCCGCGAUGAUAUAUCUUUACGAACUAGUUCCGGGUUAUCUAUGCAAGACCCAUAUUUCGAAUCGGAAUCACGAUCUGUCACCCCAUUGGCGAGAUAA